CUCCUCUAUUCAUCCUUCCUUCUCUCUACCUCUCUGUGAUUACAGCGCCAAUGGCCCCCAAGAAGCCAGAACCCAAGAAGGAUGAUGCCAAGGCUGCUGCCCCCAAAGCAGCUCCAGCCCCUGCAGCUGCACCUGCCGCUGCACCUGAGUCCGAGCGCCCCAAGGAAGCAGAGUUUGAUGCUUCCAAGGUUAAGAUCGAGUUCACGCCCGAACAGAUCGAAGAGUUCAAGGAAGCCUUCCAACUGUUUGACCGCACCCCCAAGGGCGAGAUGAAGAUCACGUAUGGGCAGUGUGGGGAUGUCCUGCGGGCUCUGGGUCAAAAUCCUACCCAGGCAGAAGUGCUCCGUGUCCUGGGGAAGCCCAAGCAGGAAGAGCUCAAUUCCAAGAUGAUGGACUUUGAAACGUUCCUGCCCAUGCUCCAGCACGUCUCCAAGAACAAGGACACCGGCACGUACGAGGACUUCGUGGAGGGGCUGCGGGUCUUCGACAAGGAGGGCAACGGCACGGUCAUGGGUGCAGAGCUCCGCCAUGUGCUGGCCACGCUGGGUGAGAGGCUGACGGAGGAUGAAGUGGAGAAACUGAUGGCUGGUCAAGAAGACUCCAAUGGCUGCAUCAACUAUGAAGCGUUCGUGAAGCAUAUCAUGGCUAGCUGAGCCUCCCACAGGAAGCCCAGGGCAGGCCACGCUGGGGACAUCGCAUCUCCCAACCGUGAUGCUGACACCAGGUCCGGAGCUUCGGAAAGGAAAGGAGUGGGCCAGAUUCCUGCAUGUGGCCCCAGACCAUGUGUGUGUGAUUCUUUUCUGGUCCCUGUUGGGAUGUGACUGCCUUUCUGUCUCCACCCUAUGGCCUUUUGAAUAAAUGAUGUCCUUUCUUUCCUUUCCUUCUUCCUUCCUUCUCCCUCCCUCCUUCCCUUCUUCCCUCCCUCCCUUUCCCCCUUUUUUCUUUCCUCUCCACUGCCCUGUGGCUCAUUUCUGUUUGUUCCAUGGUGCUGAGCUAGAGGAAGCCUAGCUGCUCUGCUUUUGCUCUUACCUCACUCCUCCCUUUGGGAGACUGCAGUCAUCCGGGCCCACUCAAUACAAGGAUACCACUGGGAGCCCAAGAGUACUGUCUGAGCAAUUAACUAACUGCAGGCCAUUGGCCCUGAGCCAUAGGAGUCACUGAAGGAGCCUAAGCUCAGGCCUGGUGCAGGGAGUGGCCUGGCCUGACCAAAGGAAAGAAUGGCCAGGCGAGAGCUGUCUUUGUCCCAAGGAUAUCAGAACUGAAGGAGCAUCGGCAGCUCCAGCCUUGACUCCGAUGGAGAAACUGAGCUGUUCUGCCCUAGUAAAAACACAAGGGUCUUGCUGGGGUGGCAUGUCAUUGCUAGUGAGUCCCUUGCCCCCAGUUUUUUAGUGGAAGUCAUGUCUGUGGGGCUUCAUGGGCACAACAAAAGGAGACUGCCUAGAGGACUGCCCCUGUAGGUUUGGUGGGGUGCAAAAACAACACCCCAUGGAGGGGGUAAAGUCUGGAGAACAGAGGGGACAGAGGGAGGCUGUACCAUACAGAACUAGGGAAGCCCACAGGACCAGAGGGACGCAGGAGCUCAGGGCAGCCUCACCCAGGCUCAUUGCCAUGGCCUGUUGUAAGGGUGUCUGCAUAGAAGGCUCAGAUUGCGUGUUCUAGAGCAGGCUCUAAGGCCGUGUGAGCCAGGCCGCCUGUGGGUAUUGGUGUGGCAGCAGCGGAGUCCGAGUUUGUAAGGAUUGUGAGGGUGUGUAUGUGAGAGCGUGUCAGUGUGUCACAGAAGUGUGUUAUUGCUUCCGAUUUGAACCUUUCAGUGUGUCAAACUAUUUAACCUCUCACUGAGCACUUGUGUGUCAGGCUCUGGUCCAGGCACUGGGGACACAGUGCUAGAGAGAGCAGAGCCCACACACAGCAGACAGAUGCCAGACCUGUUGAAGAUCAGAUAACAAGGGAGGCUGAGGGAGCCCUGUGUGUGUGUGCAUGUGCAAGCGAGCGUGUGUGCGUGUGCACGUAUGUGUGUGUGGUGUGUGUGUGUGUGUGUGCAUGCGUGUUUGGUGUGUGCUCACGCGUGCGUGUAUGUGCAUGCAUGCGUGUGUGUGUGUGUGCAUGUGAGCACGUGGAAGCAAACUUGGGAGCAUAGGCACUGAAGUGGGUAGCAAGGAGCAGAAGGGAUGGAGUUGGGAGCUGGUUCACUUGUAAAUGAUGAGGUCAGGGAUUAUAUGAGAGGCUAGCAUGUGACGAAAACUUGAAGGACAGGUACUAAUAUUCAGAGUAUGUAAAGAACAUAUAAAUUACCCCAGAAACAAUCUGAUUAACCCGGGCAAAGGACCUAAGUAAUCAUCUAUAAAGAAGAUGGACACAAGCAGGCAUGGUGGCCUGGGACUUUAUCCCAGUGCUCAGGAGAGACAGGUGGAUCUCUGUGAGUUUGAGUCCAGCUAGGUCUACAUAGUGAGACUCUCUCUUGAAAAAAAAAAUGGAUAUGGGGCUGGGCAUAGAACUCAGUGGCAGAGUGCUUCUACAAGGCUCAACAUGCAACCUCUAGUGCUAAAAUACAGAUUAAAAUAAAAUUUAAAAAAGAUCUGCACGGGACUAAUGAGAUGACUCAGUAGCCAAAGAUGUCUGCUGCCAAGUCUGGUGACCGAGUUUGAUCCCUGGGACCCAUGUGGUGGAAGGAGAGAGCAACUCCUGAAAGUUGUCCUCUGACCUCCACACAGGUGCUGUGAGAUAUAUGUCCCACCCCCUCCAACAUAAACAAAUGUGAUUUUAAAAAUUAAAGAUAUUCAAAUAGCCAAUCAACCAGCAAAAUGGUGCUGAGGAUGGGACUUGUCACCCGACCCGACCCCACCCACGCUUGGCAUCUUUUAUACAAUGAAAUAGCAUACACAACAAAAAGACUUUUUAUUUUUAUUUUAGGUGUAUGAGUCUUUCACCUGUGUGUGUAUAUGUGCACGGUGUGUAUGCCUGGUAGCCAUGGAGACUG